UUGGAGUCCUGAAAAAUCCCAAAGAUGAAGGUGAGGACAAUGACAGGCACAAUUCAAUUGAGAACAUGAUUAAAUGCAGGUCCUAUAAAACGAAUGAGUGGGAUGGUAGUGCAUGCGCUCACCUCCAAUUGACAGCACUUUGUAAGGUGUCUGGCACAAAUCCAUAUUCGUGUUUGCUCUGUGUAUGUCUAAAUAAAUACUGGAGAGGAUUUAGGUUGAGAUUAUUGAGAUUCGCAUAUUGGUCUGUGCUACCUUCCAAAACUCCAUCCCUAUCCUUUCGCCUUUUUAUCUAAUCAUCUACUUAAUUAAUACUACACUUGCCACCUUCUAUAAUUGGCAGAUGCAAAACCUAUCUGCAAACUGCAAUACUGGUAGUAGUUGUUGUACAAGUAACGAACAGCCCUUAGCAAAUAAAACCAGAACUGGUGAUGCAAAAAGGGCGGAAGAACUCAAUGCAAUCUCAAGAAAUAACAAUAGAAUAAUCCAUGGAUGGCCUAAUUUAACCUUCUGAACAUCAAGUCAUGUAAGCCAAUGGUGGAGUUCCCACAAAACUAGUGUUAUCCACCUAUCAUCCUAUGUAAGAUUUUCUGGUCACUCCCUUUUCCGCUUUUCCCCUGCCCUUUGCCACCUCAUUUCUUAUAUAAGAAGGGUAAACCCCUCUUGAGCUCAGUGGGAAAAGCAGCCAUGCAAGGGGAAAAUUUGCGUAAAGGGUCUUGGCUUGAAGAGGAAGAUGAGCGACUGACUGCCUUUGUUGGACUGUUGGGGGAACGGCGCUGGGACUCUAUUGCAAGAGCAUCAGGUCUAAAAAGGAGCGGUAAGAGUUGCAGGUUGCGGUGGUUGAACUAUCUUCGCCCUGACCUUAAACGUUGUCAGAUAAGCGCUGAAGAAGAGCAAAUCAUCCUUCAACUUCACAAACGAUGGGGUAACAAGUGGUCGUGGAUUGCAAGAAGCUUGCCAGGAAGAACCGAUAAUGAGAUAAAGAAUUACUGGAGAACUCAUUUGAGGAAGAGGACAGAAAUUGAAGAACAAGAUAGCUUUCAAAGUGAAAUAGACAAUGCCAAACAAGAUUUCUUGAUUCAAAGCAAUGCAAGCACACAGAAAAGUAACUAUGAAGACUGUGGAUCUGUUGAGGAUGUUUUGGGAGCCACAGAUGAUUCCUUUGAUGCUCUUGCAUUGUCAAACUUUGCUUUCACAAGUUCUCCCUAUGAAAACAGAUUUUCAGAUUGGAUGUCAGGGCUGUCCAGUGAUUUGAAUGAAAUGAAAUAUCAUGGGGAAUGGAAUAGUUUAGACUCUUCCUUCGGUUAUCCGGCAGGGAUCUUUGAGGAUCGUGAUACUAGUGUUUGGGAUGGUUCAGGCUCUCUUUGGGUCAUGGACUAACUCACACAGCUUAUGAGCUUCAUGUAGUGAAUCUAAAUAAGUCUUAGGUGGUGUUUGUUUUUUUACUUAAUUCUAAAUAGAACCUUAAUGAUUAGUAGUGUUAAA